CUCGGUCCUCGAGUCCACUUGCUGAAGGAAGAGAGAAGAAGAAGAGACGGAGGUUCUCUCUCUACUCUCUGCAGCUGCAUCAUGGAUGCGGACUCCGUGUGGAUUUUGGUUCCAGUUCUGCUCGUCUCUUUCUCAAGCGGGACUCUCGGUGAAGAUGUUUGUGACAGCGCAUUGGUGUCAAAUCUUCCGGCAUCAGCCUUCUGCAGCUCGUCUCAGCUGUCCAGCAGUCACGCUCCGGUCUUCGCCAAACUCAACAGGAGAGACGGAGCAGGAGGUUGGUCCCCGCUCACCUCAGACACCUAUCAGUGGUUGGAGGUGGAUCUUGGACAGAGGACCAAGAUCACGGCUGUGGCCACGCAGGGUCGCUACGGCAGCUCUGAUUGGCUGACGUCCUACCUGCUCAUGUUCAGCGACACAGGACACAACUGGAAACAGUACCGGCUGGAGGACAGCAUCGGGUCUCUUACAGGCAACAGUAACGCAGACAGUGUGGUUCUCUAUAAGCUGCAGCAGUCGACCAUCGCUCGCUUCCUCCGCCUCCUUCCUCUAGGAUGGAACCCCAGCGGACGCAUCGGACUCCGGCUAGAGACCUACGGGUGUCCUUACACCUCUGAGGUGAUGUCUCUGGACGGUAGCAGCAGUCUGGUGUACAGGUGGAGUGGCGGGCCGAGGCGCGUGUCCAGAGAGGUGGUCUCCCUGAAGUUUAAGAGCCUGAGGAAUGGUGGGGCGCUGCUGCACGCCGAAGGACCGUCGGGGCUCGGUCUCAGUCUGGAGCUGGAGGGAGGGAAGAUGUUGCUUCUGCUCAGAGAAGCUUGGACUUCCUUCCCCGGAUCACACCACUUGGCCUCGCUGGGCAGCCUGCUGGACGAUCAGCAGUGGCACCUAGUGAACAUUGAGUGUCACAGCACUCGGUGCAACCUCACCGUGGACAAGCACACAGAGACAGUGGCCCUGCCUCCAGCGUUUGACCACUGGCACAUCCAGCAGUUAAGUGUGGGGGCGCUGCCCAAACCUGACCCCGCCAGUAAGAAGUUCCAAGGUUGCCUGGAGAACCCUACGUACAACGACCAGAACCUGAUUGAACUGGCCAGACGCAGCAACCGUCAAGUGACGCUGACGGGCAAUGUCACCUUCGCCUGCACUGAGCUGCUUUCCGUCGCCAUUACGUUCCCGGGGCCACGCAGUUUCCUCCAGUUGCCGGGGGCAACAACCUCCGUGCCCGGGGUGGUGUCUGUGGCCUUCCAGUUCAGGACGUGGAACGAGGCGGGGCUGUUGCUCACCUUGGAGCUGGCUCGGCAAGUUGGUGUGCUGUGGCUGUACCUGAGCGAAGCCCGGCUGAGGCUUCACGUUGAAAAGGCCGGCAGAGUGCUGCUGGAGAUCACGGCUGGAUCUGGUCUCAAUGACGGUCAGUGGCAUUCAGUGGAGCUGAAGUCCAGAAGAGGUCACCUGACCAUCAGCGUGGACAAAGACGAAGACGAUGGCGGCGUGGCUCAUUCCAACCCAUUGUUUCCUGUUGCUAUUGAGAAAAACUUGUUCUUUGGUGGUUGUCCUAUGGAGGACGGGAAGCAGGAGUGCAGCAAUCCUUUCAACACCUUCCAGGGCUGUAUUCGCCAGCUGAGCCUGGACCAGCAGCAAGUGGACUUAAUCCUGGUGCAGCAACAGAAGCUGGGAAACUACAGCGACCUCCUGAUUGACAUGUGCGGCAUCAUUGACAGGUGUUCUCCCAGUCGCUGUGAACACAACGGCCGCUGCAGUCAAUCCUGGACUCACUUCCACUGCAACUGCAGCGACAGCGGCUACAGCGGCGCCACCUGCCACAGCUCCGUGUAUGAGCAGUCAUGUGAGGCGUACAAACACAACGGCAACACUUCUGGAUAUUUCUAUGUUGACGUGGAUGGCAGCGGACCGCUUAAACCACAGCUGGUUUACUGCAACAUGACAGAAGAGAACACAUGGAUGGAGAUCCAUCAUAACAACACGGAGCUGACCACGGUGAGGUCGUCCAGUGCGGAACAUCAACACUUGGUCCAGUUGGACUACACGGCGAGCGAGGAGCAGUUGUCAGCCAUCAUCAGCCAAUCGGAUCACUGCGAGCAGGAACUGUCCUACCACUGCAGGAAGUCCCGCCUCCUCAACACUCCUGAGGGCUCCCCGUUCAGCUGGUGGCUGGGCGGUGCCGGUCCGGGUCAAAGGCAGAAUUAUUGGGGCGGAGCCCAACCGGGAAGCCAGCAGUGCGCAUGUGGCCUGCAGGGCGACUGUUUGGACCCACAACAUUACUGCAACUGCGACGCUGACAGUGCUGAGUGGACUGAAGACUCUGGGCUGCUCAGCCACAAAGAGAGCCUCCCUGUCAGAUCUCUGGUGCUGGGUGACAUCCAAAGGCCGGGCUCAGAGGCUGCCUAUAGGGUGGGGCCACUGCGUUGCCAUGGAGACAAGAACUUUUGGAAUGCCGCUUUUUUUGAUAAAGAGAAGUCCUACCUCCACUUCCCCACCUUCCACGGGGAGCUGAGCGCCGAGAUUUCCUUCAUGUUUAAAACCACCGCUCCCUUUGGGGUGUUCCUGGAAAACCUGGGCAUCCGAGACUUUAUCCGGAUAGAAAUGAGUUCUCCCACCCAGGUGGUUUUCUCCUUUGACGUGGGCAACGGGCCCCUGGAGGUUCACGUUGAGUCGAGCAAUCCCCUGAAUGACGACCGGUGGCAUCGGGUCCGUGUGGAACGCAACGUCAAAGAGGCGUCUCUGCGGCUGGAUGCCCUUCCCGCUGCCACACUGGAGGCUCCUGCUGAUGGACAUGUACACCUGCAGCUCAACAGUCAGCUCUUCAUUGGGGGCACAGCAUCCCGCCAGAAGGGCUUCCGGGGUUGCAUCCGUGCCCUGCAGCUCAACGGCGCCACCCUGGACCUGGAGGAGAGGGCCCGCAUCACGCCUGGCGUUGGCCCCGGCUGCCCGGGUCACUGCGGCAGCUACGGCCUGCUCUGCCGAAACCAUGGGCGCUGCCUGGAGAGAAACAACGGCUUCCACUGUGACUGCGGCCCGUCGGCCUACGCCGGGGUCUUCUGUCACACAGAGGUGUCAGCUAUCUUCAAGCCAACGACGUCUGUCCGCUACACCUUCAAGGAGCCCUACGAGUGGAGCAGGAACAUCAGCACGCCGCCGUCCUCCAUCUUGUCUGACGUGAGCCUGAGGGCGGAGAACGUCUCCCUGAGCUUCAGAACCAGCCAGAGUCCCGCUCUGCUGCUUUAUGUGUCCUCAUACCAGCGAGAGUACCUGGCCCUGCUCAUCAACAAGCACAAUAAGCUGGAGGUGCGCUACAAGCUACACAGCAGCAGAGAAGCUGAGGUGUUGAGAAGCAGAGCGAAGAACUUGGCUGACGGUCGUCUUCACACGGUGACCAUCAGGAGAACGAAAGACCUCGUGUCUCUGCAGGUAGACCAAAACACCAGAGAAGCCUUCAACCUCACAUCUGAUGGAGAAUUCAAUGCUGUGAAGUCGCUGUUGCUGGGCAGAAUAAAUGAUCCAAAUGAUGUGGAUCCAGAUCUGGCUCGCUUGGCUUCCCUGGGCUUCAGCGGCUGUCUGUCAGUGGUUCGCUUCAACACCGUCAGCCCCCUGAAGGACGCUCUGCUCCAGCCACCGGGCACCAUUCCCCAUGUGGUCAUCAGCGGCCCGCUGCUACGCUCCAAUUGUGGAUCCACGACGUCCACCAAUCCCCAUGCGGCGCACAACACGCCCCACCAAUCAGACCCAUCGGGUUCUGGCCAGCCUUUAGUCAAUGCCAUCCGGACUGACUCGGCUCUGAUUGGAGGCGUCAUCGCUGUGGUCAUCUUCGUGAUGGCGGCCGGCCUGGCGGUCACCGCCAAGCUCCUGUACCGCAGGAAGGAGACAUAUCGGAACCAGGAAGUGAAAGACGGCAAUCGCGAGGACAGCCAGGACUUCCCUUUCAACCACCAGACGGACUCCCAGAAUGCCACGGGGCAAAACCCAAAAGAAUAUUUCAUCUAGGACGACUCACUUGGAUGCCGAUGAUGAUGAUGAUGAUGAUGAUGAUGAUGAGCCAAGAAGGGGUCAGGGUGCACACAUGAGAACAUCACACUUGGUCCUGCUCGCUGCUAGUAGACGUUGUCUCUUAAAGGACCAGUGGAGCUGAACACACGUGUAAAUACUCACAUGUAAAUACUCAUCAAUGUGUCUUUGUACGACCGUCCCGAUGGCGUGAUGUUACUUUAAGAUCAUUUCCAGACUUUUCAUCUUCAAAUACCAGCAUUUAAACACCUUCCAUGCUGCGUUGGCUUGGAGAUGUCAUGCCAUCAUUCCAGCCUUGCUUGGAUGGACAUGAGAAACAUGCAAAAGUCUUAGUCCAGCGCAAGCUUUCAUGCUCUCAUGAGCUUUUUCACAUAUCAAUAACAAUAAAUAGCCGGACAUACAGUCAUCCCUCUUUUAUCGAGGUUAGUUACAGUAGCUCCAGACCCGACUACGAUAUGCAAAGUAGGAUUCAAUAUUCAUAAAUGGAACAUUUUCGUAAUUUUCGCAUAGAAAACCUGUGUAUGACUUUCUCCAUACAAUCUUUACCAUUAUUAGAGCCCUGUAGACAUGAACUAACACCCCUGUAGUCACCUUUACACUCCUAUUAUUCUUUGUUUACACCACAUUGCUCAACCAUACUGCGCAGGCUACGGGAUCACUGCAGGAACGCCUUUAACCAUUAGCAAGCUAGUGAGCUAACUAGUUAGCCCCCAAUUUAUUUAUUGUAUUCUAAAGUUAAGAAAGGGUUUAAAAUGGAGUAGGAAAGAACGACAAAGAAGCUAGAAACUUACCACUUCCACAUGGAAUGGGAGAAGAAUUUGUUUUCAAUAUCAAAAACGCGAGGGAGAGAUAUUCAAACCACGAUAUUGCGAGGGACGGAGGGGCGGCACUUUGGUACAUAUGUACAUUAAGAUGAUAAAACUAGAGAUGUCUGAUAAAAAUUUGAUAUCGGAUCAUAUCAGUAUUGGUUUUCUCACAAUAAUGACAUUGGUUUGUGAGUGAGAUCUUAUCAAACUGCACCGAGCUGCUGCUUGGAUCAAUGUCGGUAAUGAAGUUCUGGACAAUAUCAGAUAUCAGUAAGAAAGUCAAUACCAAGCCUCUGUAGAUAAAAGCAAUCCAAUGCAGAUCAAUAUAUACUAAGUUACCUGAACAAAACAUCUUAGCUUUGUCUUAUAGCUGACAAAGCAAAUCAGUAUAAUAUCUCAUAAUAAUAAUGCAGAGGGUUAAUAAAAAAACAAGCUGUGGGCAAAGAAUGGCCCCCGGGCUGCACUUUAGACACCACUGCUUUAUUUCAUAUGAUGAUUUUUCUGCAUAUUUCCCGAGGUCCAAGUUGUAUGAAGUUGAAUGGUUAUUGGAUACAAGCACGUAUUUAUGUAAUGAUGGAGGGUGCGGCAAAAGGCUGACUUGGACUUUCUUAAAUAUUUAUAAUAUUAACAUUUAGGAUUGAUAAGCACUGUAGUUGCUUAAUAAUGGCAUUCAUCCUUGACUAAGUAAUCAUUGCACUCCGUGUAAUUAGCGGCAUUACCACAAAAAAUACUCAUUUGAUGAAUAAUGGCCUAAUUGUAUCACACAUCUGUUUACCAUCCUUCACAAACCACAAAGUACUCUGCUAACUAACAAACACAAAUGCAAGUUUUAUUUGGAUUUUUAGGCCUUUUUAGGUGGCGGUCUACUGAGUGGCAUUGUAGUUCUGUAUGUUGCUAAUAUGUUAUUCUAGCAACACAUCUAAUGGUGGACUAAGACUUUUGCAGCGUGUUGUUCAUUCAAGUCAGUAAAAGAAGUGAGCUGCGGUGGAAGGAGCGUCUUUUCAUGCUGCUAUUAAAUGCUAUGCUAAGCUGGGCCUCCCUCAGGUGGAAAGUCUGUUGACUCAAGUGUCUUCAUUUCCUAAAUUAUUCAGCAUGUCAAGGUUGCCAAUGUGGGACACAAAGACCGUAACACGUCCACGAAACGUCUUUCUUUCCUCAUAAGCUUUUACGUGGAGCUUCACAACAUUCCAUGUUCCUCCGCCGCCUGCUGAGACGCUCCUGGCAGCUAUAAGCCUCCUGAGAGCGAGGCUUUGAAGGCGCAUGUCACCUUCACGUCACAGUGUAAAGCGCUCCUUUGCAGCAAAGAUGCGAUGAUGAGGAUGAGGACGAUGAGUAUGAGAGCCACGUCUCAGGCAGUCAUGGACGUCACGAAGACACGCGGUGAACGUGGCGCUCUUUUUAUGAGAACAUUUGCGAGACACUUCAUCUCCAAGAGUAACUUUGUUUUGCUAUUUCUUUGUUCUUCUUCAUCAUGGACAUAAACAUCUCCUGUCACAAGGUUGCUUCAUGCACUAAGAAACCAAGCAUUGGACUAAAGUCAUUGGACACAGCUCUUAAGGAGAGGUUGGACUACAAGAGUUCUUGGGUCUUCGUGGUGUCAAAGUGAUACAUCUGCUUCUUUUUUCUUUCUUUGGUGAGAAAUACUUUUAUCAGUCAUGUGAUGUUUGAUGAUGUCAUGAGUUUGAGUGAGCUGUUCUAAAAAUGCUUUAAGAUUCCAAACAUAUGAUUGCUAUUUCUUUACAAACAUGAAGGUUUGAUGACAUUAAAAAUGUUUUACACAGAGUGAACCCUCCUUUCUUUUCCCACAAUGGAACUAACCAAAAAUGUUUCUCAUGAAGAACACUUUUUUCAUUGUCUUUUUUGACUUAGUUUUCCCGUACUGUACUUUUUGAAGUAUUUUUAAUUGUUCUUGUUUUUUUCUCUUUUUAAAUCUUCCUUUUUUUCUUAUUUUACAACUCUUUGUUUUUCCUUUGUCUGUCU